CAGAAAAAUCACCCCGUGAAGUCAAGUAAAAUAGCGACCCCUUGAACACAGGGGAAAAAAGUGUAUUGAUAUGUUGACAUGACGUAUUCCUUUUGGAUUCGAGUUUUUUUGUCGCCCUGACUUGCAAGUCUGUGUUCAAAGGAAGUUUUAGGAAUUUUGUUUUAGAUAUUUAACCUGUGAUUUGGUAGAAAAUCGGGUUAUGGUGUUUCUAAAGUUUUGACGAACCAGAGGAAAUAAUGACUUUAUUCCUUGGGAUUAUUUUAUUACUGUAUUUUCAUCAAACAACAGCAUCUCUUUUGAAAAUUAGUCCAGAGUCUGAGGAAUGGGCUCGAUAUGGAAGAGAUCUUAGUAUCAGUUGUACAUUUUCUUCAAAAUAUCAUGAAAGUGUUCAACUGUAUCACAAUGAGAGCCUUGCACACGUCAGCGAUCAGGUGACCAUUACGUCAGACGCGUUUACUGACGUUGAUGGACAGCAGACGACAAGACUACGAUACAUGAAGUCAAACAUCAACUUUGAUGAUGCUGGAAUGUAUGAAUGCAGGGCAGAUAAUGCCAUGAAAAGCGUCAAAAUCAAUGUUGUCAAAGGGAGACUGAAGAUUUUUCCGAAAACUGAACGAGUGAUAGCAUUUGAAGGCGAGCGGGUGACACUGACAUGUGAAUAUCAAGGAAGCCAUCGUCUGGACGUCACAUGGUCUUCUUCAUCCGGUAGAGAUCUGAAGAAAAGUGGAUUUGUCGUCGGUAGUAUUGUACAAACAGGCAACUUUGUACUUACGAAAGUAGAUAUAUCGAAGUCUAGGGCUAGUUUCUCUGACUCUGGCGAUUACACCUGUACUGCGGGUCCUCUAUCCAAAACGGUUACACUGGAAAUUUAUCAGGGUGAAUGCAAUAACCUUUUGGUUUCUGGACCACACGGAGUCCCUGAUAGUCACAUGACAGCGUCGUCAUAUUAUGAAGAUUCCAUAUACAGGGACAGUCCAGAGAGAGCAAGGUUAAAUCUAGAGGACGUACGUGUACAAAUAGAGAACGGAAAUUACGUCAUUAUGGGCGGAGGAUGGGUGGCAAACGACAAGGACAAAAACGAAUGGAUUCAAGUUGCAUUCAAAGCACAAAGCAUUGUUCGCUCAAUUUGGACUCAAGGUAGAUUUGAAUCCAAUUGUUGUAACCAAUCAGACUGGGUUACAGAGUACAGAGUCCAAUUCAGCCAAGAUGGCGUCUCAUGGCAAAAAUACAAAGACCAAUCAGGGAAUGACCUGCACAAUCCCCAAAUACGUAGGUCGAAAAAUAUCCUGUAUUUCCGCGCUAACACUGACUCGGGCACGGUUGUGAAGAAUGACCUUCCCUCCCCCAUCAUAACCAAGUACAUCAGAAUCUCUCCCACAGCCUGGCACGGGAACAUAGCACUGAGGCUGGAGAUCAAAGGAUGUCUCAUACCCCAAAAUUUACGAAUAUUAGAACCGAUAAGAAAAACCAUCAAUUUGCCGGUACCAGAGACGUUGAAGAUUUCGUGCGAAUACACUGGAUCCAAAAGGGACGUUGUGUCUUGGUCCAAAGACUAUGUUCGCAUGGGAAUGGUGGACGGUUUCAGAAGAAGUUCCAAGGAACAGCUAUCCGGAGGAAGAGUAACAAUUACAGACACAAUCACUAAGGCCACCACGGAGUUCCUGGAUUCAGGAAAUUACACGUGUUUUAUCCCCAACAGUACCUUCAGUGAAACUAUAACGGUCCAUGCAAUGACACUGGAAAAAAGUCCAAAGAUAGACAGGUACUGGGUGUCCUCUCAGAACGCUGUACACCUGUCCUGUGAGUACCGGUCACUGAAUCGCCGUGACUUUUCCUGGGAGUACGCUGGUGGUGAUAUUAACAACCGACAAUUCCAAAUUACCAGAGACGUCAAGAAGUCCGACGGAGCUGUUUUUGUAACGUCAUCAAUACGGAAACCUUACGUCGAUGUCACUGACAGUGGCAACUACACCUGUCGGAUUGGUGAAAUGUCCCGGACUUGGGAGGUGAAUGUACUCUCAGUCAGCGGUAACGGUUCCUGGCAGGCAAUCACGCCCAACCAGACAAUGUACCUAGAGUGCGACGUAAAAGGUCUGCCAACUGACGUCCCGUAUCAAAUGUUUUGGACAAAAGAAGGGAAUUCCAUAAAAGACCUCGAUUCUCACGGACGAAUGAAUUAUUUCCCAAACUCAAGGACUCUUCAAAUCACCCGUACACAACUAUCGGACGCUGGAAAGUAUGAAUGCAACAUACUCCUAGAAGUGGGGUCCCCUGCUCAGCAGCAGGUGUCGAUAACCAUGGAAAUAUAUGCACCCCCCAAAACUAUGCUUGACGGAAUGAAGACAAUAAACGUGGGGGACUCUCUCCACUUGUACUGUAAGACAGCUGGGUACCCCACCCCGUCAGUCGUGUGGAAGAAGAAUGGGAGGAGUCUCUCUGAACUCUCGUCUCGUGUCACGUUCCUGCCGUACGGCGGACUUGAUAAUGGCCAUCUCGUUGUGUUUGACGUUUCUGGAAGCGAGGCUGGAGAAUACACGUGUGAAGCGAAGUCCAGCUACUUUAGCUCGGCCUCAUCACGUUUACAAGUUGAUGUCAAAGAGGUAUCCCUAGCAACAAGUCCUCCUUUGUUGAUUGCUAUAAUAGUUGGUAGUGUCGUCGUUUUCCUGGCGAUCGUGUGUUGUGGAGUAUAUGUAAAAUGCAACCAAAGAGCGAAGAAAAAGAAUUACGCAUAUGACACGGACAGCCUUGAAAGACUUCGCCAGUCUCGGCCACGUUUACCCCGAAACAAUACAUUCAAUGAAGAUCAUCCAAAAAUCAUAAAGUUGACGGAGGAGCCUCAUUUCUAUUCAAAGAGACCGCCUAUGUCAUCACCGCCACUGUCUGCGUCAUCACAAAGAAGCGUGUCUACUUUUGAGUCUGGUUCUUACGAAAGAGUACCUCUGCGUAAUAAACUGAACACCCCGGACAUAGUGUUGACUGAUCAAGAGGAGGAAGGCUACAAUACAGGGUCCACUCAAGAAAAAGUGCGAUUUUCUCUCCUCGAUAUCAAAUGAAAUGGUACCGUUGCAUGAAAAUACUGUUAUGAAUGUGCAAUUUUAUAAAUGCAGCAAAGCUACAUUCCAUUUGAUUCACAAAUGUCUUUUGUCCCUGAGUAUAUUCACAUUUAUAUAAAGAAUUGCAAUUUGGUUUUUUUUGUCAAACAUGAAUUGCCAGGUAAAAUUUAAUCACAUUUCUUCUCAUUACUUACAAUUUGUACUCUAUGCAUAACCAUGUACAUUCAUUGUAUAUCAAAAUAUCAUUUGUAGAUUUUUCAUCACUUACAUUAUACACUAUAAAAAAAGUAUGUCUUAAUGCAUAUUCAUGUACAUUCAUCGUAUAUCAAAAUACUAUUCACUUACUUUUCUUUACUAAGACAAAUCAAAAAUUUAGUUAAAGUAUGUUAAAGUAUGUUAUGCAUAAUCUCUAUAAAUCAUGUACGUACAUAAAUAUACCUUAAAAAUAUAUGUAC